CGUGAGGGCGGCUCAGCUCGAGAGUAACGGCGCUCCCGUGUGGGCCGCCUGGCUCAAGGGAAACGGCGCUCCCAUGAGGGCGGCCUGGCGCGGGGCUGAGACGCUCAUGUGAGGGCGCUAGAACGGUGCUCCGGUGGUUGAGACGGCGUUCUGGUGGCGGCGGCCUGAGUCCGGGGUUCGGCCGCGGGCCAGUGGACGACGUCGUCAACAGCUGCGUCCGCUGGACUGGAGGGCGGCAGCUUUGACCACCCCGGGCUGCGGAGUUUGAACCGGCCUGUUCGCGGAGCUCGGUGAGCCACGGGACUGAUUUACCAUCGCCCGGUGGGGUAUCGCCACAGUGCAGAGGGAGAAGAGGAGGGAAGAGACUGCAGCCCUAAGAUUUUUUUGCCUCCAUCACAGUGAGGAGGUGCUUGGUGGACUCACUGCGGUGGAUGUUAAUUUGUGUUUACUGUCUGUUUUAUUGCUUAUUAUUGUAUGUAUGGCUGCAGGUAACGACAUUUCGUUCAGACUGUAAGGAAUGACAAAUAAAGGAUCUAAUCUAAUCUAAUCUGUGGUUCCCUCCUACGUAUUCCUUUACUAGGCCUCUUUCACUGUGGUUUCACCACACACCUGAGUGUCCAGUACGACCAAGGAGGUUGGUGUCCAGUAGAAAGUCCAUCAUGUACAUGUGAGCUGACCUGGUUCAGUGCAAUAACAAUGAUGGACACAUGGGAAUGGGAUUGUGGUGGAGGAGGAGGUGGGAGAGUGAAAAUACAGAGUAAUUGACCUUGUGGAGAGUGAGUGUUAAAGAGGAGAGGAUGAGAAAGAGUGAAAAAACAAGAAACAUGGAAUAGUGUUCGACACUUUAGAAACAGACAUGGAUCCUGUUUCCAAAUUUGCAACAAGUCUCAUUCACAAAUCACCUUUGUGCUGAUCGGACAUAAAGUUUGCAUCCUAGUAUUCAAUCUCCUUCAUUGUCUUUCUCCUCCCUGUCCAUUAUAGUUCCAUAUCAUUCGGUAGAUACAGUACACUGCAUCUAUCUUUUGCUCAGCAUCUAUGCAAAGGGAGACAGAGUAAAUACAUAAUGAUAGAAGGGGGUGAGACACAAAUGGUGGGGUUACUCAGCGGGUCAAGCAGCAUCCCUGGAGAACAUGGGGAGUUCCCAUAGACCUUGUGCCAAGCGUUCGGCUAAACGGUGGCUGAGUCUAUGUUUGGUUUUGCCAAUGUACAGGAGGCCACGUUGGGAAAACAAUAUUCAGUCGGUGAGGUUAGAGGAGGUGCGUGUGAACCUCUGUCGCACCGAGAAGGACUGUUGGGUCCCUGGAUGGAAGCGAGAGAGGAGGUACAAGGACAGGUGUUUCACCUCCUGCGAUUGAGGGAGGAAGUACCUGGGGAGGGGUGUUUUGGGUGCAUCUACACUAGUCCCACCUGCCUGUGCUUGGCCCAUAUCCCUCUAAACUUGUCCUAUCCAUGUACCUGUCUCAUUGUUUCUUAAACGCUGCUCUCGUACCUGUUUCAACGACCUCUUCCGGCAGCUCGUUCCAAACACUCAUCAACCUUUGUGUAAAAAAUUUACCCCUCAGGGUCCUAUUAAAUAUUUCCAUAUUGAAUGCCCCUCAUCAUAAACCUGUGCCCUCUGGUUCUUGAUUCCCCUACGUUGGACAAGCUGUGCGUUUACCUAAUGUAUUCCUCUCAUGACUUUGUAUAUUCUUAUGAUUUUGUUCCCUUUGGCUUUUUAGCCUCCAUUAAGCUAUAGCCUGCCUCUAAUGCACUCUAUGGGCCCUUUUAGACAUCUUUUAAUUUUGUCUCCUUUUUAGUCUGCCUACCUCUCUACAGAGUACUAGAGGGGGCAGUGCAGAGUACUAGAGGGGAACAGUACAGAGUACUAGAGGAGGCAGUGCAGAGUACUAGAGGGGGCAGUGCAGAGUACUAGAGGGGGCAGUGCAGAGUACUAGAGGGGGCAGUGCAGAGUACUAGAGGGGGCAGUGCAGAGUACUAGAGGGGGCAGUGCAGAGUACUAGAGGGGGCAGUGCAGAGUACUAGAGGGGGCAGUGCAGAGUACUAGAGGGGGCAGUGCAGAGUACUAGAGGGGGCAGUACAGAGUACUAGAGUGGGCAGUGCAGAGUACUAGAGGGGAACAAUACAGAGCAAUAGGAGUAAGUACAGAGCAAUAGAGGGGUAGUACAGAGCAACAAAGAUGUGGAGUACAGAGCAACAGUAGGGGGUAGUGUAGGAUGAUAGAUAGGUACAGGCGCAUGCAGGUUGAGUGUAGAGUAAUAGAAAGCAACAGUACUAAAGGUACAAUAUAGAGGAAUAGGGAGGUACAUCAUGGAAACAGACCCUUUGACCCCACGGCCAUGAAUCUCACGUUAUUUUCCACACAUUCUCAUCCAUUCACCAUUCUCCCUCACACUCAGCACAAUUUACCGUGGGCAGUUAACCUACUAACCAACAAGUCUGUGGGAAAUUGGAAGAAACCGGAGCACCUGGAGGAUUCCCAAGUGGUCAUAGGAGACUGCACAAUCUCUACACAGACAGCACCCAAACUCAAUGUUGAACUUGGGUGAGAUAGCGGUUCUACCAGCUGUGCCACUAAAGUUCCAAAGUGGGCCAAUGAUGCUUCAAUGUAAGUCCCAGUGCAGAAACUAGACUGUUAAUAAUCCAGUAGUGGUUUAUCCUAUAGCUGCUCCUUCUCUGGACACUUGUGUCCAUAGCUGUUUCAGAGAUUAUUGGCUGGGAUUUAUGCAGGUUUUACAUUCUCUAUAUGUGUAGAAAUGAACUGCAGAUGCUGAUUUAAACCAAAGAUAGACACAAAAAGCUGGAGUGACUCAGCAGUUCAGGCAUCAUCUUUGGAGAAAACAAAUAGAUGACAUUUCGGGUCGAGACCCUUCUUCAGGCUGAGAGUCAGGGGGACCCUCAUCUCUACCCAAAACACCACCUAUUUUCUCCAGGGAUGUUGUCUGACCCGCUGAGUUACUCCAGCUUUUUGUGUUUAUAUUCUCUAUAUAUUGUUAACAACUAUGUUCAUUACCAUUGCAGCCAGCAGCUGAAUGUGAACCCAACACUCAUGCCGUGCAUGUCACAGGAGGGGAACAAUGACCUCUUCAUUCCACAACAGAUGUUGAUUUGUUUAUUUUGUUUAUUUUGCAUGUUUUUCCCUAUCAUUUGCCUGUUGUGCCUCCACAAAGCUCAGGUAUCACUCAGUCCAGAAGCCCGUGAGCAAGGCAGUCAACAAACUUUCACUGAGCCUGACGUCUCUCACAGCAGAUUGUCCCCGAGACUGAGGAGGUUGCAGGUGGCCCCAUCUCCCUCCAUCUACAGUAGGACACUGGAGACUUGGAAUGUCACCUGGUGAAAUGAAGAUUCUGCUGCUGAUUCUGGGUUGUCUGAACUCAGCCUCGGUGACAGAGUCUGCACUCGGUGACCCGUGCGUGACCCACACCGUCCUGGAUCAGCCCUGGAGGAGCACGGAUUGUUCCAACACUGAGUGCAGCGCUGGGACAUGGAUGGAUGAUAGAAAUCUUGCAGCGGGAUGGUACAGAUUCAACAGUUCCGGUGGAUGGAAGAUUACGGAGACUGUCGUUCCAGCGAAUCACUGCUCCGGGAAGUACACAGGCUGGUUAGUCGGUUCCCAUCCCAGCGUGGGAGAUGGUGAGGUGACCAGGACAGUCUGUUUCAAUGAUGGCAAUUACAUCUGCUACUGGAACCGGGAGAUCAGGGUGAAGAACUGCACCGGUUACUAUGUGUAUCAGCUGUGGCCGACACCCAAAACCAGCGCUGUGUAUUGUACAGGUAGGUCUCCGCUCCCCAGUGACACGGGCUGUUGGGGUUGUGGAGAUAUUCUGGGAUGUCCUGAGUCACCGACACACACAGUGGGCUGCGUGUUCAGGUCAGCUCUGCCAUUGGCCAGUGAUCACCUCGCUCCUCUCCCCCUUCCCCCACUCUGA